UCACUAGUCAACAACAACGCCCACUUUCCUUAAAUUUCCUCCUCAAACCUCCCUCAAAAAUCCCAAUUUUCUCACAAAAAACUGAACAAACUCCCUCUCUAACAGAGAAGAGUUCUUCAAGUUCAUCUGAUGGAAAACCAGAGAUUCGGGUUCGUUAUCAGUUACAUCCUUCUAAGCGUGCUCUGGACAACAGCGAUGGCACAAUCUGAUUGUGACAACAUGGUAAUAAGCAUGUCACCAUGCCUCAACUACAUCACCACAAAGACAGCGUCACCUAUGCCAGGGUGCUGCACGCAGCUCGGUAGCAUCGUCAAGUUAAGGCCAGAGUGUUUGUGCCAGGUUCUUAGCGUUGGUGGUGCUUCUCUGGGGCUUACUGUCAACCAAACCCAGGCUCAGGCUUUGCCUGAUACAUGCAAUGUUACAACUCCCCCACUCAACAACUGUAAAGCAAAUAACCCAGAUUCAACCAAAGAGGCACCUACAGGUAACGGUUCAUCAGAUGCAAGCCUCAACAAUUUGGCAGUUCCAUUGUUCUUCCUCGUCUUUGCUGCAUCAUACGCCUUCACCAUUAUGUAAAACUUCCAAUGCAGCAGCCCAGCUUUCCAGAUAUAUCCUAGGCAAACUUGCUCACUAUUUUCUUCUAGCCUAGUUUUUGCGCCUUGUGGAACUGUAAAAUAGAGAUAAAUUUCCCUAGCAUUAUUCUAGUUUUAUUUCUAUUCAUUUUAGUUUUACUUCUAUUAGUGAAUUCACGAGGAAAGAUAAUUUGGCAAAAUUUCUCAGAAAAACUGUAAAAUGUGCUACACAUUCAGAGAAAUGAUACUUUUUCAAA